AUGACGGGGCAAUCCAGAAGGAGCUGCACAACAUCGUCGCGCGUUCUCCCAGAAGAGGACGGUGGAGUGUUGCACUCCGAUACUAUGAACAACCAAUCACGACCGGUUCCAGGACCACCUUCAACAGCGGCAGCUGGUGCAACAUCGGCGCUGCAGCAAAUGAAACCAGUGCGGUUCACGAACGUUUACGCUGCAGCGGAGAUGAGAGAGCAUCAGGAUCAAGAAAUAGCACCAAAAAACGACACUGACGCGGCUCCUGGUGCAGGAGUCGUGUGCUCUCAGUCACCAACGCGCGCCGCCAGCUUCAGUACCGAGAUAGCGGAAACGGAGUAUCAAUUUUUGGACGACAUGAACCACGAGCCGCACCAGGUGCGCGACAAUCUCCCUUCGCAGCGUGAAUGUCGUUCCAACUCGGCGGAGAGCGCAAUGACAACAAUUUCCUUUAGCGGAAGUGGGGCGGUCAAACUGUCGGUGGCUCGAUCUCCCGAUGUUAAACAGGAAGUACAUGACGAAAUAAGUUCUUCCGC